AUGAAAUUAGUAAAAAGAGAGAAGACAUAAUAAACAUUAUACUUUGAUUCUUUAGAAAAAUUUUUAAACUCUUCACUUGAAUCUCAUACAGAUCUUGAAAUAAAAAUAUGGAUUUUUGAAGACUAAAACAACCAAGAGGGAAAACCACUUUUCCUAAAUGCUUUAACUAAAUGCAUUAAUCUUUCUAUUUUGAAAAUCCAUUUGGACUAUAAUGAAAUUGAUUGUAGGAGAGUUAUUGAUUUGGGUUCUUCUUUUGCAAGCUGCUAAAGUCUCUUUGAUUUAACACUCUAUCUUUGCAAUAAUUAAAUUGACGAUGAUGGCAUAAUUGGAUUGGGACAAGCUUUACUUAAAUGUGCUAACCUUUAAAAGUUAAUGCUUGAUAUUGGUAAUAACAGUUUUGGGUAAAAUGGUGCUUCAGGACUAGGUUCUGCAUUCGCAAGCUUCCCUAGACUUUAGAUUUUGGAAUUAGAUCUUUAUGAUAAUUACAUUCAAUAAUAAGGUGCAUCUGGAUUGGUUUCUGGAUUAUCAAAAUGCAAAAAUCUUUCUAACUUGAAGCUUUAUAUUGGCAAUAAUGAUAUUUAAAGUAAAGGAGUAUAAGGUAUAGCCUCUGCUUUAUAAAAUUUUACUAAGCUUUUAACUUUGUCACUAAAUUUAUGCCAUAAUUCCAUAAACGAUGAUGGAAUUUCAAGUUUAGGAAUCGCUUUACAGUAUUGUAAUUAUCUUCAAAGUUUGGCUCUCUACACUUUUGGAAAUAAAAUUAGUAGAGCCUAAUGUCUGAAAUUAACAAAAAAAGUGCUUAGAAUUUAAAAGCUGGUAAAUUAUAAGAUCUCUAUUUGA